GUGGUAUUCCCGGGACGACAACGCGGUUCCUCCCGCUUACAUCCUCGCAUCCAUCAGCACGCACUUGCCGGAUUUCAUAAGCAUGGACAGAGACAGGCAGAAAGUCGGCAAAGAGCAGUGGUGGAAGGAGAGCGAGCAAAUGCAGCACGCUCUGGAGUCAGCCGCCACCAGGGUGUUCGACCAGGAAACGGCCCGGAAGUACAUAAUUUCCGUGACGGAGGCGGAAGUGGAGGAAGGCCUGCUCAAGGCGGAGGACUCCAUCGCCAGGCAGGCCAUCUGGCUGCGCCGGAACAUCGAAGACAUCGACCGCCAGGAGAGCAGCUACGCACUUUCUAGAUAUACCGUGCCAGGGUGCUCAAGAGAAGGUGGAAAAGGCUCACCGGAUGUUGCGGGAACUCAAGGAGCACCGGAUGGAGCGGCGCCUGCAUUCAGACCAGAUCUUUCACUACAACGUGCACUGGGUUGGCCCAGAAGGGAUCGAUCCUGAUACCAGCGAAGAGCACCGGAAGUAUCUGGCGCGCCUCUGCAAGGACUUCACGGACAACAUGAUCUCCCUGACGACUCAGGCUAUUCGGAAUCGAUAUCUCCUGCACGACAAGCUAACCGAGGAAUGUCUGCAGCACAUCCGGUUGUGUCAGUCCAAGUGCGCCGAGUUCCAUGGACGUACAGAGACGCUGGAGCGGAUCGAAUCCUACCUGCUGGACACAUCGACAGCGGCCCCGCUCGUUGUGCACGGGAUCAGUGGAACGGGAAAAACUUCCAUCCUGGCGAUGGCGGCGAAACUGUGCAAAACCUGGCUGGCCAAGACGCCCAAGCUCGUGUUAAGGUUUCUCGGUACAACCGUUGCGAGUUCUUCCGUUCUGCCUCUGCUACAAAGUCUGGUGCAUCAACUGAGUAUGCUGGAUAAUCAAAGCCUUCAAGCCGGACUGACCGUUGACCUUCUAAAAGACCAGUUGAAUCUGCUCUUAAAGCAAGGAAUGGCAGAGUGUCCACUCGUGGUCAUCUUGGAUUCUCUUGACCAGCUGGACACCUCGCACAAUGGCCGCUCUUUGAUGUGGCUUCCGGUUCACCUGCCGCCACACUGCAAGAUCAUCGUGUCCUCACUUCCGGAGGAAAAAUAUGAGGCGUUUCCGGCCCUCAAGGUAUCGGAGCGUUCAAAAAGAAAUUAUUUCCUGACGCGGAAAGGUUUAUACAGGUCCCGGACACUAGGUGAGAGGGACGCGCACAGCAUAGUGUCGUCGUGGGCGGAGAAGAAACGGAACCGGAAGUUGACUCCACCCCAGAUGGACCUCCUGCUGAGCACUUUCCGGAAGUGCCCGACACCGCUGUUCUUAAAGGUGAAUGCACGCAGCUCUGGAAAGGUUCAACAAUAG